AUGUUAAGUUCUGUUGCUGGUCCUGGUGUGAACUACAAUAUUCCUAGCUGUGAAGAGCUCAAAGGUUGUGUCUUUCAAGAUGAAGUGAAGGAGAUGCAAGAAUAUGUGAGAAAGGUUAGGGAGUCCUGGGCUACUACUGGAUGUAGCAUAUUACUGGACAGUUGGACUGAUGAAAAGGGUAGAAACCUUGUUAACUUUUUGGUUAACUGCCCUCAAGGCCCUGUUUAUCUCUUUACUCAUGAUAUUUCUUCUUCUACUGGCAAUGUUGGUGCAAUGCGUGACCUAUUGGAAGGGAUUAUUAAGGAUGCUGGGGCUGAAAAUGUUGUACAGAUUGUGGCAGAUUCUACGACAGGGUGGGUUGGUGCUCUAGGCAAUGAGUUCCAUAAACGCAAAGGAGUGUUUUGGGCAGUGAGUGGAUCUCAUUGCAUUGAGCUGAUGCUAGUAAAGAUUGGGAUGACAACCUCCACUAAGGCAAUUUUGGACAAAGCAAAGAUUAUUACAAAGUUCAUUCAUGGGCAUGAAGAAGUUUUGAAGCUGUUAAAGAAACAUACUUGUGGCCGUGACCUGAUUAAGCCGUCGAAGAUAAGAAUUGCAAUGCCCUUUAUGACUUUAGAUAGUAUUGUAUAUGAAAAGCAGGAACUAAAAGACAUGUUUGCCUCAUCUGAGUGGAAAAUGUCAAUAUGGGUUUCGGGAAGGGAGAGCAAAUGUGUAGCAGAUAUAGUGGAUGAUCAGUCAUUCUGGACUGGAGCUGAGAUGGUAUCAAAAGCAACUAUGCCACUGGUUCGCGCUAUUGAAUUGAUGUUUGAGGCUGACAAGCCACUUGUGGGGCACAUAUAUGAAACUAUGGAUCAAGUUAAGGAGAGAAUUAAAGAAGAGUUAAAAAACAAGAAGUCCCAAUACAUGCCUUUCUGGCAAGUAAUCGAUGACGUUUGGGACAAUAUUCUCCAUAUCCCUCUCCAUGGAGCUGGUUACUAUCUUAAUCCGAGUCUCAAAUACUCAAGUGACUCCUAUUGUGAUGAUGAGGUUUACAUUGGGCUUAUGAAUUGCAUUGCACAAAUGGCACCGGAUCCUUCAGUUCAAGAUGUAAUACACGCUCAACUCAAGAAGUAUAUACGUGCUGAAGGUAGUUUCAAGGAGGGGAGUUCCAGUGGCCCAAGAAACGCUCCUCCAGCUAUGUGGUGGUCUUCUUAUGGUAAACAAUGUCCUGAACUCCAGAGAUUUGCCAUUAGAAUUUUGAGCCAAAACAGCGAUGGUGCUUCAAGAUAUGGACUCAAAAGGACUCUAGCUUUAAAGUUGCUUACCAAUGGACGGAAUCCUAUCGAGAAGCAACGGCUGAGUGAUCUAGCUUUUCUUCAUUACAAUCUGCAAUUACAGAAGUUCUGCUCAGGAGUGAAGACUGGCAUUGCCGCUGAGGAUAUUGAUCACGCGGAUGAAUGGAUCACUGCUGAAUCACCAGUUGUGUUCCAGAAUGGUGAUCUAAAGGAGCAGCCUGGCAAUGUAGCUAUCGGUGAAGGAGUUUCAAGAUUUCAGCUCAAGACAGAGUCCAUGUAA